AUGGCACCCUCUUCCACAUCCUCCUCAGCACCCGCUGGCCAACACGCACCCCCCAACACCUCCUUUGCCGAACCUGAAAAGAGCACCGAAUACGCUUCCAUCAUCCCCCAACCACGCAGCAAUGAAAACGACCAAGACCGUCUCCAACUCCAACGCACAGUCUCCUCCGUCAGCCACCACGACAUGGCCAACGUCCAAUACAUCGCCACGGGCGACAACGACGUCAUCUACAGCAAAUUCACCGAGCGCCGCAAAAUGGUCAUUGUAGCCGUAGUCUCUUUUUGCAGUUUCCUGGCUCCGAUAUCAAGUACCACGGUGUUGUCUGCUGUUCCGGAGGUUGCGGAGACGUUUGGCUGGUUCCUCUCCGGCACCCUCAUCGGCCCCGCCCUCGGCCCCUUCAUCGGCGGCAUAAUCGUAACAUUCCGUUCCUGGCGCGACAUCUUCUGGCUGCAAACCGCCCUCGCCGGCGCCGCAACCCUCUUCUGCUUCUUCCUGCAACCCGAGACCAUCCACAAGAAGCGCGCCGAUGAACUCGUCGGCCUCCCCACUGCACAACGCGCCCACAAAAUGUGGCAAUGGCUAAACCCAUUCCGCGUCGUCAAACUAUACCGGUACCCCAACAUUCUUCUCACGGCACUAGCAUCCAGUUCCCUAGUCUGGAACAUGUACUCCCUCCUAACCCCAAUCCGCUACGUCCUAAACCCGCGCUUCAACCUCCAAUCCCCCCUCCAAUCCGGCCUCUUCUACAUCGCCCCCGGCUGCGGCUACCUCCUCGGCACCUUCUUCGGCGGCCGCUACGCCGACCACAUCGUCAAGAAAUACAUCCAGCGCCGCGGCCACCGCGUCUCCGAAGACAGACUCCGGUCUUGCGUCUUUUUCCUCGGCGUCGUGAUUCCCGCUUGCAUGCUGAUCUACGGGUGGAGCGUCGAGAAAAGGGUUGGAGGCAUCGCGCUGCCUGUUGUGAUGAUGUUUUUGCAGGGCGUGGCUCAGCUGUUUUGUUUUCCGAGCUUGAAUACGUAUUGUUUGGAUGUUAUGCAGGGGCGGAGUGCGGAGGUUGUUGCUGGGAAUUAUUUUAUGCGGUAUAUGUUUGCGGCGGCGGGGAGUGCGGCGUGUCUUCCUGCGGUCAGGGCGAUUGGCGUGGGUUGGUUCUCGACCAUCAGCGCGGGGUUUCUUGUUGCGGGGGCGGGUGCGACGUGGUUGACUGCUGUGAAGGGGAGGGAGUGGAGGGAGGGUAUUGAGGAGGCGAAGGCGAGGAGGAAGGAGGAGGCGUUGGCGUAG